AAUUUGAUAAACUUGAUUAGUGAAAGAGAGAGAAAAGGGUAUGGCUUCUUCAAUGAGGAUCUCAAGACUAAUCACUCGCUCCUUUUCUUCUGUUUCUUCUACCUCUUUGUUUUCUCGAGGACUCUGGAAAUAUAGCACUGUUGCUGCCAGUGAAGAACCCAUUAAAUCACCAGUACAAGUAGAGCACACCCAGCUCUUAAUUGAUGGAAAGUUCGUAGAUGCUGCUUCUGGUCAAACUUUUCCAACCUUAGACCCAAGGACAGGGGAAGUGAUUGCUCAUGUUGCUGAGGGUCACUCUGAAGAUGUUGAUCGAGCUGUUGCAGCUGCACGCAGAGCAUUUGAUCAAGGGCCAUGGCCUAAGAUGGCAGCCUAUGAAAGGCAAAGGAUAUUGUUGCGUGCUGCUGAUCUGCUUGAAAAGCAUAAUGAUGAGCUUGCAGCACUUGAGACUUGGGAUAAUGGGAAGCCAUAUGAACAAUCUGCACAGAUUGAAAUUCCAAUGCUGGUUCGCCUAUUUCGAUACUAUGCUGGUUGGGCAGAUAAGAUUCAUGGUCUCACAGUUCCAGCUGAUGGACCUCAUCAUGUGCAAAUAUUGCAUGAACCCAUUGGUGUUGCGGGUCAGAUCAUUCCAUGGAACUUCCCUCUUGUCAUGUUUGCUUGGAAGGUUGGACCAGCAUUGGCAUGUGGCAACACUGUUGUUCUGAAAACAGCUGAGCAGACACCAUUAUCUGCUUUAUAUGCAGCAAAACUAUUUCAUGAGGCUGGACUUCCUCCUGGUGUUUUAAAUAUAGUAUCUGGCUAUGGUCCAACUGCUGGUGCUGCUCUUGCUAGUCACAUGGAUGUGGAUAAGCUUGCUUUUACUGGUUCAACUGAUACUGGAAAAAUUGUCCUUGAACUGGCGGCUAAAAGCAAUCUUAAGCCUGUAACUUUGGAGCUUGGUGGGAAAUCCCCCUUUAUUGUAUGUGAAGAUGCUGAUGUAGAUGACGCUGUUGAGCUAGCACAUUUUGCCUUAUUCUUUAAUCAGGGACAAUGUUGCUGUGCUGGGUCUAGAACAUUUGUACAUGAACGUGUAUAUGACGAGUUUGUUGAGAAAGCGAAGGCUCGUGCUUUGAAACGUGUUGUUGGUGAUCCAUUCAAGGGGGGAAUAGAGCAAGGUCCUCAGAUUGAUUCAGACCAAUUUGAGAAAAUACUGAAGUAUAUCAGAUCUGGUGUUGAAAGUGGAGCUACCCUUGAAACUGGAGGAGAUAGGAUUGGCAACAAGGGCUUCUUUAUUCAACCUACUGUCUUCUCAAAUGUUCAGGAUGGCAUGCUGAUUGCUAAGGAAGAGAUUUUUGGUCCUGUACAAUCCAUAUUAAAGUUCAAGGACCUUGGUGAGGUAGUUCAAAGAGCAAAUAAGACACGUUAUGGCCUUGCAGCAGGGGUCUUCACAAAGAACAUAGACACUGCAAAUACAUUGACACGAGCAUUGAGAGUUGGAACUGUAUGGGUAAACUGCUUUGAUACAUUUGAUGCUGCAAUUCCUUUUGGAGGGUACAAGAUGAGUGGGCAGGGUAGAGAAAAAGGAGUGUACAGUCUUAAGAACUACUUGCAAGUGAAGGCUGUUGUAACUCCCUUGAAGAGCCCAGCAUGGCUUUGAGUUUGUUCUUCAUGGAAUGGAUCAAUAAGUAGGAC